AUGGGCUUUAAAGAUACCAACAAGACUCCCAUGGAGCCAGAGGUGGCCAUUCACUGGAUUAGGAUCACCCUCACCAGCCGCAACGUGAAGUCUCUGGAGAAGGUGUGUGCUGACCUGAUCAGAGGCGCGAAGGAAAAGAAUCUCAAGGUGAAAGGACCUGUUCAGAUGCCUACCAAGUCUCUGAGAAUAACUACGAGGAAAACUCCUUGCAGUGAAGGUUCUAAGACUUGGGAUCGAUUCCAGACGAGGAUCCACAAGCGACUCAUUGACCUGCACAGUCCUUCUGAAAUUGUCAAGCAGAUCACUUCCAUCAGCACUGAGCCAGAAGUCAAGGUGGAAAUCACCACUGCCGAUGCCUGUUACUACCUUUUUAAUAAACUGAUAAUCAAAUUGUUUAAAAAAAAAAAAGAAAAAAGAUAA